AUGUCUGGAAUAUUGGGCUUUGCGGACGAAGACGACGACGACGAGGACGACGCGUGUACAUUCAAGCCUGAGAGUCGACAUGGAAGAGGUGGUGGGAUGGGGGGAAGGCGUACACGCACCGCUGGUUCGCAGACCACACGCCGGCAGGCUGCGCAGACGCGCUUCGAAGUGGCCCAGGCGGAGGUGGACGCCCACAAGUUGGCCAUUCGUGAGUUGGCCGGGAGGCGCGACGCCGUGGAGCGCGAGUGUCGCGACCUCACCGAACACGUGGAGGCGGCGAAGGCGGAGCUGCAUCGGUGGCAACGCGAGUACGAACAACUCCAGCGCCAGGUGGCCACGUCGGUGGGCAUUAACUACACCUCAGAGCAACAGAAGACUCUGCGGGCAAACCUCAAGCAAGUAAACGACAGCAAGCGUCAGUUGGAACUGCAGUUGGGCGAACUGGAGGCCGAGGUGACGCAGAGGGGCCAGACCCUAGCCAGUCACCGUCACCUGGCUCAAGAGCUGGCCAAAAAACGCUCCAUCCUGAUCACCGAAAUGAAGGCUCUGCUGGCGACACUUCUAGAGCGGCGUCGGACGCUUCGAGAGAAGCGCAAGAGCACGGUGGCCAUCUCCGCCGCCACCGUCGCGUCCACCAACAGCAUCACCAGGUUAACCAUUGUUGUUGUUUGUCUCGAGUACACUGUCCCAGUACCACACAGCUCCACGUGGUUCAUUGGGCAGGCUAUCAGCCCGCUGCUUGCUACUGGCUAUACAUCGCUCGCAGCGGGACUCUCAGAGCCCUACGUUGCCCUCUACGCGUACUCACCGACCCGGUCAGACGAACUGGCCUUCGCCGAGCACGAUCAAAUCCAGAUCCUCACGAAUCCGCCGUUCGAGGUGUGCGAGGGCUGGCUCUACGGGGAACUGGACGGUCGCUACGGCCUCGUGCCGGCCACUUACGUGAGGAAAAUCAGCGCUAGCGAGGUCGCAGCCGGCCUCAACUCAACCCUGCCCGCUGACCCGUUCGCUUUGCCCACCUCCACCACCGCCGAAAACCCGACCGGCAACCCGUUCCCGGCGUUCGAGACUCCAGCUCAGCAGCCGAAUUCGCUGCCAUUGUCGGACGACGCACCGGUGGAGAGCGUGGAGUUCGACGGAGAGAAGCCGCUUUUUGCGUGUCUUGCACUCUACAAUUUCGACGCCGCCCAUCCAGGCGACUUGAGUCUCCAGAUAAACGACAAGGUGGACGUCUUCGUCGACAACAGCGGCUGGUACGAGGGUGUGUCUCGGCGCACCGGCCAACGCGGCAUCUUCCCUGCCAACCACGUUCAAAAGCUGCAGUCUGAUGCCGAGGUGCCGUCCACCUCCGCAGCCACCCAAGCCUCAGCAUUCACCAUACUGGCAACAGUCGCGGACACCACGAAGACCGCACUGCCCGGCUCAGCACCUGCACCGGAUACGUCGUCGGCAGUGAGGGAGGACAAGUCGGCGGACGAGGGGACACCGGCACGCCCAACCACCGACCGCGUCGACGGCGAGGAGGAUGAGGCGGAGGCCGUGAUCACUGUGUCCGACAGCCCCGAACUGGCCGUCGCCGUGACACCCUUCACGGCCCAGAGCAGCGAACAGCUCUCGCUCACCGUGGGGCAGUACGUGAAGAUUCUCAAGAGGUCCUCCACGGGCUGGUGGGAAGGCGAGACGCAGCUACGCGGUCAAGAUAGGCAAAUCGGAUGGUUUCCAAGUGAUUAUGUUCGCCUGGUUGGCGCAACCACCACCACUUCUGCCCCCAAUGAACCAUCACCAGCUCACCACGUCGGCGACCCUUCCAAAAACGCCCAGCCCCCAGCUGCCACCCAGGGCAGUGGUCCCCCCAACUCCCAGGGGACGGUCUCUCCAGCCGGUGAACCCCAGCAGUCUUCCAGCGCGUCCGUCGUGACCGCGGACCUCUCCUCCGCCUCGGUCGUGCAGUCCAUGUUCGCGUACAAGGCCAGCCAGCCGGACGAGUUGACGUUCCCCGAGGGUGCCCUAAUCGAGGUCCUCGCUCACGAGGAGGAGGGCUGGUGGCGGGGACGGAUCCAGUCGACCGGCGUCGAGGGCCUCUUUCCUGUGAACUACGUGAAACCCUACGCCAAACCUGCGAACGCACCAGCCUCCAGUCCCUUGGCCACUGCUUCCAAUUCAAGGCCCUGUACUCACGGCGGCACGGGUGACGAUACCGCAGCCAAGUCGAGCAUCCCCGUUGCGCAGGACCAUCGUUCCACUCGGCAAAACAUACUACUUGAAUUCGUCGAAUCCGAGCGUCAGUACUACAGGGACCUGUUCGAGGUCAAAGAAAAAAUCUACGAGGGGCUGAAGAAGCAAAAUGUCGGGGAGAAAAAGUUGUCGCAGAUUUUCUGCAACUGGGCCACUCUCUGUGACAUCUCCGAGGCCUUCAACAAGUACGCCGCUCGACUAUUGGGGCUCCUUAACAAAGGCCUCUCUCUCUCUCUCACCCACGUGGUUUCUUUCUUUAGGGACUUCCAGGAGCGCAAGAGGCUGAUUGCAAAGAAUCCCAAUGAACUCAUCGGCGAUAUUCUUGUGCGCCAUUUGCCCAAGUGCAUGGUGUAUCGGGACUUCUGCGCCAACCAGGACGUUGCGCUGUCGAGGUUGGAGAAACUCUGCGAAGAGAAUCCCGAUGUGGCCUCAUUCCUCCAGUCCUGCCAACGUCUGAUGCGUGUCCGAGCAAUGCCGCUGUCCAGCUACUUCCUCAAGCCAAUGCAACGCAUCACCAAGUACAAACUCCUAAUCGAAAAGCUCCUCAAACACACCCAACCUACGCAUCCAGAUCGAGCGAAUCUGGAACAGUCUUUGGAGUUGGCGUCGACAAUCCUAGAUGUCUGCAACGAGGCCAUUCGUAAUCGCGAGAACUUCGUCCAGUUGCAGUGGCUUCAGGACCACGUGGCUUUCGCCUCGAGGGAUGAGGAGAUCUCUUUUGUGGGCGACGAAUUGUUGUCCCCCUUCUUCGGCUCCCGCCGUCUCAUUCUCUCGGGCACCCUUUUCAAGGUCAAGUCGAAAAAAGAGCUUACCGCUUUCCUGUUCAAUGACAUGCUCUUCCUCACCCAGCCUAUCAACUUCUCGGCCACGACGCUGCCCACUGGCAAUUUCACCCUCCCCCUCAAGCCCGACGCCUCUCUCAAGGUGUUCUUCAGAGCCUACCGGAAACCACUUUCUACCGCGAACAUUCGUGUCUCGGAGACCGUCUUGUCACGUCCGCGUCGACGCUCCGCGUGGAUUGGAGGCCUCUCGCAAGCCAGCGCUUCGGACCUCUCCACUGUCGGCGUGGCCGAAACCACCACCGUGGGCCGUGAACCGCGGGCUAAACGUCGCACCUUGGCCAAUUUCCGUCAGUUAUCCCUCAGCAUGAAUAACCUCAGCACCGUGUCCGCCGACACCGCUGCCUCGCCAAGCACCUCAUUUUUCAUAACCGACGACACCGACCGUGCAAUCUUUCUGCACGUUAGAGCGCCCUCCGAGGCUCUCAAAGCAACAUGGCUAGAGAAGAUCAGGAAGACGUCGACAGACCACCAGAGGCUCAUGAAUAGGUUCAAGGAUCGCGGGUCUUUACGAUCCGAUACGGGUAAAGGCUCACUGUUUGCGGCUGUGCUCAAUUUGACUGUGAUUUCGGCCACGGGUCUUCGUCUAGUUGGUCCCAACGCUGACGAGAUGCCUUGGCCCUAUUGUGAGGUCAGUGUGUGUCUGCGCUCGAAGAAGACCAACGUGAUACUCAGCACUACGUCGCCCAAGUGGAACUGCCCAUUGCGUUUCACCGUGAAGGACCUCUCGCGUGACGUCAUCACUCUCACCGUCUACAGCAAAAACGCCUCUGCAGUUGAAGAGUUUCUCGGAAGAGUUGAGGUCAGCAUGGAGGCAGUGGCGAGACACUGUCGAAGCAAGCCGAAUGGUCCCUGGGAGACCAAGUUUCCUCUUGUCGUGGGAGGCGACGACGACGACGAUGUGCAGCACGAUGCCUCACUGACUGAUUCCCAAUUUCUAGCAAAGUUAAACCUCGGUCCGGAGGUGGACCCAGAGUCGGCAGCAAUGUUCAACAUAAUAUUUUGGCUGUCUCUGGUCCUAAUUCUAGCUGUCUGGGCCGUGUCUUAUGGUAUGUGGAACAUGGAUCCUGGACGCGACGGAAUCCUCUACCGCAUGACUCCAGGACGACCCAAGACUGAGUAG